UCUGUGCAACGUUUAUCAAGCGUAUUCUCUUGUUACUGUGCGCCGCGUAUCUGAUGCACGCGGUCAUUGUUCACAUGUGCUAUUGUAUCGCUAGCCAAUCGCAUGCCUCGGCUGCACCCAUGCUCCCUUUAUAAGGCGAAGCCACUGAAUCGUUGUUCUCUGUUAUGUUCAUGUUGCUGUCCGAAUAAAUACUUGACUUCACGGCGUCUAUGGUCAACAUGGCGACGAAGAUGGGAUCGUUCGGGCAGAAGCAAUGACCAAGCCUGAGGAAACGGCAACGACGCCACGGCAAGCGAGGACAUCAGUGAUGACCAACACCCUGGGAUCUUUGGCCGAGUUCUGCCCAGACUCUGGCAAUAUCGAAGUCUACCUGGAAAGGUUCGACCUGUAUGCAACCGCCAAUGGAAUAGACUCAAGUAAGAAGUUGCAAGUCUUCUUAACAAUCCUGGGUGAAAAGGCUUACGUGACUCUGCGUAGCCUGCUGCUGCCGAAGAAACCAACGGAAGUCAAGUACGAAGAAGCUACAGAAGCUCUCCGAAAGCACUAUGCUCCAAAACGGUCAGUGGUUACCGAACGGUAUCGCUUUUACCAGCGAAAGCAAGAGCCGGACGAAAGCCUAAAGCAGUUCAUCGUCGAGCUGAAAAGACUGGCUGCAACGUGCUCGUUUGGAAGCUUUUUGGAAGAAGCGCUCCGGGAUCGACUGAUUGCUGGACUCAGGACGGAUUCGAUUCGAUGCCGUCUUCUUGCCUUGUCAGACGACGAAGUCACCUGGGAGCGAGUAUGCAAGAUUGCCACCGCCUUGGAAACGGCCCAGAAAGACACCCGAGAAAUGCUACCGGAGGGGUCAACCGCCAGUUCUGCCGACGUUUACUGGCAUCGGGAGCCCACCACGCAAGGCAGGCGACACGCGACGAAGACCGCUAGCAGCGAGCAGCGUGCCCCCCAAAACGGUCCAAGGAAGCAACGUGGGAAAGGCAUUGUUCGCGCCUGUCAUAGAUGCGGCGGACUGCACGCGCCAGUGAGUUGUCCUUUUCUCAAAAGUACCUGCUUCAAAUGCUCGAAGUCAGGGCAUGUAGCGAAAAUGUGCAAAACUAAGGUCGUGCACAAAGUUAAGGAGACCUUGCCCUCAAAGUGA